UGAGAAUGUCUCUCAAGCAACCACCACCAACUACCUCUCUCACCAAGCAACCUCCUUCUACUUCUUCCCCAUCCCUCCAUUCCUUUCCUCCAUAACUAAACUUCUUUGAUGCCAGAUUAACAGUACACUUUUAACCUGUACACACACAUAUACAUAUACAUAUGCGCACACUGAAAUACAAUCUGUACACAUAUAUGUCAGAUAGAGAUCUGAGUCGAAGAGUUCCUCUGAAUCGGAGAAGACCCAGAAAGCCACACCCAUCGCCGUCGCCGUCGCCGUCGCCGUCACCUCGCUGGAGAGCUACACCUGCUCCUCGUGGAUUGACAAGGCCAUCGACGCCUAUUAAGAUUCUUGAGAGAUGCAAUUCCGAGCCGAGUCUAUGGAUAGUCGGCGACGAUCAUCGGAAUCUGACUUCGCCGGACUCUUUAUUUUACCGGCCAAAGACUUGUACGGACAUAUUCUCGCCUUCCGAGAUGCUUUCUCGGUCUCCCCAAAAAGUCGAGGGGUACAACAAGGAUUCCAAAGUGGUGGUUAAUGUCACAGUUGAGGGAAGUCCAGGACCAAUACGGACUAUGGUCAAAUUGGGAUCAAGUGUGGAGGAGACAAUAAGGCUUGUAGUACGCAAGUAUAGUGAAGAAGGGCGGACUCCUCGGCUUGACAAAGAUGCUGCUUCAACCUUUGAAUUACACCAGUCAUACUUCAGUCUUCAAUGUAUGAAUAAGUCAGCCGUGAUUGGAGAUGUUGGGGGCCGAAGUUUUUAUCUUCGAACGAGUAAUUGUUGUAGUAGCCAAGAUAAAAUAGCACCUGCUUCGGAUAACAAUCUUUCAGCAACUGCAAACACUCUAAUCACUCAACCUCCUUUCAUCUUCCUCCCAAAUUUCAUUUCUCGGAAGAUCAAUAAAAUCAUAAGGAGAACACGUAAGCUUUGGAAAAUCAUGGGUUGCUUGCAGUGUAAUGGAUGAUUUAGACCAUUCCAUUCUUAGAGUAACAUGAUACUAUUGGAUUUGUUAGUGCUUUGUCAACUUUUUUUUUUUUUUCAGUUUCUGGGAGGUUGGUGGGAGUUUCUUCCCAAUUGUAAAUUUCCCUCCUCCAUAUUGUUUGGGAUACACCCAAUCCAGUGUCGUUGUACCCUUU